AUGAAUCGAUUACCACAAUUUACAAGACAGUUUUCACUUUCUUUUAGAAGGUUUAACAAUGUCUUUGGAGAAAUCACUCAAAUCAAAGAAACGCCAGUGAUACCAGAAACAGAAACAGAAGUCGAAACCAAAGAUUUAUCACCAAAAGAUGAUAAGAAUUUACAAGAAUUUUACCUCAAUGAAGUGAAAGCUAAAGCCAUUACUGAAGAUAAAUUCAUUACUCCAUUGAAACGUGAAUUAUAUAAUUUAAAUGUUAAACAAAAUGGAUUCUUCAAGAACAAUCAAAUAAUAAACCAUCAAAAUAAAAACUAUAAAGUAUCAUUAACUGAAAAGGAGAUUGAAUUGUUAGAACCAACUAUCUUCUUACAAUCAGGAAGAAUUAAAUCAUCAAUGAAGAAAGCCACUGUCGUCAAUAGAUUUGUUAGAGGGUUUAAUGUCAAAACAGCUAUCAAUCAAUUACAUUUCAACCCAAAAAAGAUGUCAACUGAAUUAGAAAAAUUAUUAAAAACUGGUUUAGAACAUGCUAAAGUCAAAGGUAUUCAUGAAGAUAAAUUAUACAUUCAACAAUUAUGGGUAGGAUCCGACGGGGAAUGGAGGAAAAGAUUAGAUCCUAAAGGUAGAGGUAGAAUGGGGAUCAUAAAUCAUAAAUAUAUCCAUUUAAAAUGUAUUUUAAAAUCCACAGAAACCAAAAGAAGAUUAGAAUGGGAAAAUUCAUUAAAGGAUCAAGCAAAGAAACCAAAAACUGGAUUAAUUAAUCAACCUUUAAAUUUCAGAAAUGUUCCUUUUUAUAAAUGGUAA